ACGAAAGUGCCACAGGAUGUGUUUAAGUAGUUUGAACGUAUCUACAGACGGGCGCCUUUACUGGAUAGUUGUAUUGUUAUGCUGCAUAUACAGGUCUUUGACAAAUAAUGUUAAAAAUUAUACUUUUUUAUGUUAAUACGAGAGACUGCAUCGUACUUUACACUCCUGCCCAACAGAUGGCGCUAUAUCGCACUGUACGUCACUAUGAGACUGACGGACAGGAAGAAGACAGGCAGCUUAGAAAAUAAACAAAAGACGAGCUUCGAUUAAUAAAUGUUUUUAAUAUUCACGAAACCCUUUUAACCACGAUUUCGCAGUCUUAUGUUGAUUUAUUAACGAGGUCUCUUAGAUCGGCCAUGAAUCCCGACCUAUCGCUGCGUGUGAGCGUAUUCUCCGAACAAGGAGGACGGAAAUACAUGGAGGAUUUAACGGAGGUGAUCGUGGAGCUCGAGCCAACCGACGACGAGCUGCAGGCGGCCGGACACACCGGUGCAAAGUUGGACCAAGAGCCUGACUCCGAAAGCGACCCUCCGGACUGCACAAACAAGCCAUUUCCCGUCACGGUAACGUGGAGCAACACACUUUCGAAUGACGCGAGUUACGGCACGGAGGAGCCCGGGACUGAACCGGCGGCACCGGACAGCAGGAGAUCGGUCGCGUUCUUCGCCGUGUUUGACGGUCACGGCGGGCGAGAAGCAGCGCUGUUCGCUCGAGAUCACCUCUGGGACUUUCUCAAGAAGCAAAGGGGCUUUUGGUCGAAGGAUUACUGGAAAGUUAGCGCCGCAAUUCGCAAGGGCUUCAUCGCUUGUCAUCACGCAAUGUGGAAGAAACUACCUGAGUGGCCGAAGACGUUAACUGGCCUCCCCAGCACCUCGGGCACUACAGCCAGUGUGGUGGUCAUCAGAGGGGACCGCAUGUUUGUGGCUCAUGUUGGGGACUCGUCUGUCGUGCUGGGGGUGAGAGAAGAUCCUUCUGAUAAAGUCAUCAAAGCUGUGGAGGUCACGCAAGACCACAAGCCGGAGCUCCCGAAAGAGAAGCAGAGAAUUGAGGGACUGGGAGGCAGUGUUGUGAAAAAGUCUGGAGUGAACCGCGUUGUGUGGAAGAGACCCAGAUUAACCCACAACGGCCCUGUUAGGAGAAGCACCCCGAUCGACCAGAUCCCCUUCCUCGCUGUCGCCAGAGCUCUGGGUGAUCUAUGGAGUUAUGACUUCUACAGUGGAGAGUUUGUGGUAUCUCCAGAGCCCGACACCAGUGUGGUGACCCUUGACCCUAGACGGCAUCGGUACAUCAUCGUUGGCAGUGACGGGCUUUGGAACAUGGUGCCGCCUCAAGAGGCAGUGACUGUGUGCCAGAGCCAUGAUGAAGCUGUUGCACCUUUCGGGAUUUCAGUUGCGCGGCGGCUAGGAUGUUAUGCAUUGAUGAGAUGGCGUCAGCGGAUGCUCCGUGCAGACAACACUAGCGUCAUAGUUAUCGCGCUGCCUGAGCCUGGCAAAGCCCACUUAUCUAUGCACAGAGACGAGGUGAUACUCAGCCUGGCAGAGGGUCCACACUGUGAUCCAGCAACAGGGUCCCGAUCCAACACACCUCUCAUCAAGACUCCGGAUCCAGACCUGUCCUCAGCCAGCAGUGAGUCUUUGCCAGCCCUGGAGAGGAGAAAUGGUUUAUCAGGAGUCGAUCUUAGUGCAGAACCCCCUUUAGAGGAAAACCUCCCUUACAUUGAUCUCAAUGACAGAGCUGCUUUGACUGUGUGCCACAGCGAGGCCAACCGAACCCCAGAGAUGCCCCUGUCUCCCCCUGAUGUGUCCAGUCCGGGAGGGAAGAGACCCAGACGCAGCCCUCUCACCCCCAGCAGCUCCCGCCGAAGGACUGAACGCUCCGUACUCAAACGCAACAGCACAAAGAGUACCAAACGCACACCCAAUGUCUCUAUACUACAGCAUCGCAAAGCAACCCUCUGCGCAUGCUAAAUUCUUCCGUCGGACUGUUAACACAAACUCGGAGACAAGUAAAGAUGGCCGUUCAGCCUACAUCCUGCUAUAUAAAAUUCUGCAUGGCCAUCUGAAUAAAUAACUGCUAUUGUUUGUUUCCAUGUUUUGAGUAUGUUCCACUGUUUCUGUUUCAUCUAUUUAUGGAACGUUCACAUCGUGUCGUAAUUACGAGGACUAGUAAAAACUUCUCCGUUGAACUUUGCAAUUUAUGAAAGCUCCAAUUUGACUGUCGUGACGUCAUGUAAAAAGAACCUAAAAGUUACUUUGCACAUAAUUCUGUUUAAUAUGCCAUUUUAUUAUAGCCUGUGUUACCUAAUGCCCUUUUUUUUUUUUCGAGAAUACUUGGAGGUGAAUUCAUAUUAAUAGUAAGCUGUACAUGGAUCCAUUUCGGCAUUAUGAAUGUUUCUAUAAAAACAUACUUUCUCUGAGGACAUGAAAAGCUCAGAGUAGAAUCUUUGAGUUGUCAUCCCAUGAUUACAGUAAAGCCAUCAUAAUGUGAAAGCAGCAUUAAUCAAUGAUUUUGUAGUCCAGUCUUGUGUUAUCAUUAUUUUUUUCUUCCUCUUUUAAUGGCUUGAAUAUUAAAAAAAAAUAAAUCGUUUUUAGCUUUUAGAGGGUAUUCUAUGAAAACAAAGACUGCAUAUCACUCCUAAAGUGUUCAUUUUAACCUCCCAUUUAAAUUAAAGAACAGGAUUAUUCAAGUCCAUCAUGAAUUGGAUAAGAGAUGUACAGAUUUCUGAAAAUGACCAAAUCGUUGGAGGUAUAACAAUAUAUAUUUUUGUACUUGUUAUAUUUUUUUACAUUUUCAAGAUACCCAUUUUAUUGUCCCAUGAUGCUGGUAUGCACAGUUGCCCAUGCCAGUAUACAUUCUUUGUGCAUUAACUAUUGGUAUAAAUAUUUUCAAAUGUAUUUGUUAACGUUGUCAUGUUAAAAUGUUUUUCUAAUUUUCAGUUGCUCCAUUUUUAAUUUUGAAAAAGCAUGAAAUGAAACUUGAGACAAAUCUCAUAUUACAAAGCAAAUGCAUACAUUUUUUGCUAAAAACUUGGUUAAAGGGGUGGGGAUUGCAUGUUCAUACCACCAUAUGAAUGAAGUACAGUUAUAUCCUUUAAAGCUACCUUUUUGUUGGGGAGUGUUUAUUCAGGGACUGUUGUAUGAUGGGAUCCAAAAUUGCUUCUGUAUUUCAAUAUUGCAAGUUAUUUAAUAUUCUUUCAUAUCAAUGUAUUGCAGAUAACAUAUUCCAACACCAGUUACAGAGCUAAAUUAAGUAAUGUGUAUUUAUAUACUAAUAUUUUGACUGUACAGCACAUUUUAAGCAGGUUGUUUGAUGCCCCAUGUUUAAGACUUUAUCUUUUGAGGGAUAUUUUCCAAUAAUAUGUCAAGGUUAAUGAUAAGUAUGAAAUAAAUAGUAUUAAACCAUAAGUACCAUUAUGUUUUUAUCCCUAAACGUGAACCUUUACCAUUUGCUGUGGCGGAGGUCUUGGUUGUGGUGUUGCCUUGAAUGACAAUGGCAUGAGUGCGUUUGCUGGAAUUUACUCAAAUAAGUAAAAAUGUCCUAAAGAAAUGUAGAAAAUGUAUAUGGCCUCUCUACUAAGGCCCUUAAUAAACAGUCCAGUAAAAAUCCAGUAUCUGCUCAAUCAGAUUCUGCAUAUUAAAAUUUGUCAGAGUGACUUUACUUUUUUUUUUACAAAAAAAAAAAAAAAAAACAGUCCCUUUUGAAAACAGUAGAGAUUUCCAAGUGUAAUGUCUCUGUGGUCUGAGCAAUAGAGGCAAUGGUGGUUUAUCUCUUGCACUGUGGUCUUCUGAAAUGUGUGGUUAGUCAUGAUAUUGAACUGCAUCUCUCUUUGGAAUAGGAUUGUAUAUCAGUGUUUUGGAUGCUGUCUUGUUCGGGGUUUGGUAUUUUUCCUGGAAUUGCAAUAAAGAAAUGUCAU